UGUAGUUGACUUGGAAGCCACCGUAAUCUUAUGGCCGCCAACGAUGACCGCUCAACGUCAACGACCACCUCUUCCACAUCCAGCGGUAGAUCCCACCGGUGUUCCAUCUGCCACAGAAGCUUCCCUACGGGGCAGGCCUUGGGUGGCCAUAAGCGACUCCACUAUGAAGGUGGCAAAGCUAACAGCGGGACCACAUCUAAGAAACUAGGCUCCAGCAGUAGUACCAGCCAGAGGGGCUUCGACCUGAACCUGCCGCCUCUGCCGGAAUUCUCGAGGACCAACUUCUUUGCUUCCGACGGUGAUGAUGAAGUGGAAAGCCCACACCCUUUGAAGAAGCCACGUCUCGUGAUACGGAUUCCACACAAAAUGGAAGUCAACUAAACAAAUACUGGAAAUUUUUUCGAGGAAAUUACACUACUCAUUCCCUCUUUUUGAUUUGUUGAACCAAUAUUCUUUACCCUGUAUAU